AUGCACGAGUUUGCUCUCUACGGCCAAGUGCGCAAGCAUGACCACCGUCGAAUGCUCCAGCAACUAGCCGGAUUCUCACGUAUGCAACCCCAAGAUGCCAAAGAGAUCCACCUGGUCUUCAAGGCGCGCCAGCCUCCUGGAGUCGAUCUCGUCCAGUCGAUUGGUGCGUCUCAUUUGGCCAGCCAGCAACAGCAGGACAUGCAGCGUGUUAAGAACAUGCUCAAUGCCGGUCUCUACUAUGUCCAACUAGUUGGUGAGGUUUCGUCGGAGAAACAGCCUAGACUUGCGGGAAAUGGCGACGUGACCAUGGCAAAUGGCAAUGGUGGCCAAAAUCCACAAGAGUCAAGGAUGAGCUGGUCGUUUGAAUUCAAGGACACUCCGGACGCGGGCAAGCAGGCAGUGAGCUCAAGGCUGAUAUCCAGGACGUCAAUGACUGACGGCGACUUUGUCAAGUUUCUCGACCAGUUUGGCUAUGACUACGUUUCUCGCUACAUGGUUGUUGGGUCAAGGUUCUAUGAUCACGAUACCACCAUUUUCCUACACAAAGUACUACAACUCCCCCAAAUAGCUGCAGAUGAAGCUAUCUCCGACAGGUCGUUCUUAUCGAACAUUGACCAGCUCCCCGAGCUGGAUAGCUCUGGUGGAUAUGCCCUCCAGGCAUCGAUUGAUGUGGUUGAUGGAAACAACCCAGAACUUAAAGAACGAGCAACUAGGCAACUACUGGCCAUCAAGGAAGCGUUGAGGCAGGCAGUCGAUCUGUCACCAGGCGACAGAUUGGCGCUGGAUACGCGGCUACCUAUCACUUCACGUCUCUUCAUACGGUCCUACACCAUGAAACGAUCAGCCCCUCCCCAGGCUGGCUCUGUCUCCCCACCCCUGAUUAGGCGUAAAAUCGAAUCGGCUACAACCAGCAAGGCUGUGGCUAGUUUCUUCAAACCAGCGUCGCAAAAAGAACCGGAGAAACUCGUGUGGCGGACCGUUAACCACAGCCUCAUCAUUGGCCAGUACAACGUGCCCCAGAAACCACCUCAACCACGGACACUUCCUGUCAAGAUUGCAGCCUUCGACCUGGAUGACACUCUCGUGACUCCCAAUUCUGGAAACAAAUGGGCGAGAACUGCAGUGAGUUGGAAGUGGUGGGACCCAUCAGUCCCUGGCCGACUGAAAUCUCUCCACGAUGAUGGCUAUCUCCUAGUCAUUCUCAGCAACCAGUCAGCCAUCAGUCUAAAAGAUAAUCCCAAAACGCUCAAAAAGGACAUGGCCAGCCUGGCAAACUUCAAAAACCAGGCCAGUUCAAUUCUGAAACAACUCGACCUACCAGUCAGUAUCUACGCCGCAACGGGCCAAGAUCGAUACCGCAAGCCUCGAGUAGGGAUGUGGGAGGAGAUGCUGGAAGACCACGAUCUUCACGCAGACGGAGCAGUGGACAUGGCACACUCGUUCUAUGUGGGCGAUGCGGCCGGAAGAGACAAGACCGACAAGAGACGAAAAGAUCAUGCAACGUCGGACAGGGAUCUUGCCGCAAAUAUCGGCAUUCAGUUUCACACACCAGAAGAAUUCUUCCUCGACGAGACCACCGAACCGUACGAGCACGUCUUUGACCCAACAAAGCACCUUGAGCUCGCAAAGCCUUCUUGUUCUGCUGUGAAUGACGCACAGGCAAGUUUGAUAUCAACGCCGUUCACGAAGAAUAGCCCCCAUGAACUGGUCAUUUUCUGUGGGUCACCAGGGGCUGGAAAAAGCACAUUCUAUUGGAACGUACUCCAACCACUCGGUUAUGAGAGAGUCAAUCAGGACAUCCUCAAGACUCGCGACAAAUGCAUCAAGAAAGCAAAGGAACUCUUGCAAGCAGGGCUAUCCGUGGCAGUUGAUAACACAAACGCAGACAUCGAAACCCGGGCGUACUGGGUAAAGGUAGCCCGUGAAUUUAAUGUCCCUAUCCGCUGUGUCCGCUUCACAGCCUCGACUCGCCUCGCAGAGCAUAACGAUGCUGUGAGGGCAAUGAAUCCAAAUACAAUGAACCCCGAAAAUCGCACUCAACUCCCUGGUAUCGCAUUUCGGUCCUUUGUGCAGAGGUUCCAGGAACCUAAGCUCGAGGAGGGCUUCGAGGAUAUCUAUAAGGUCGACUUUGAGUUCAAGGGAACCGAGGAACAGAAAAAGCUCUGGGCCAGGUACUGGGUGUCAAAAUUUUCGACGUGA